AUGCGUUCCGCAACAGCGCGCGCAUUUGCCAGCCGAGGGCUGAAGUCGAAACCCAUAAAAAGUGUCGCUCAUAAAAUUAUUAUAAACAAACAACAGCAGAGUGUAAGACGAGAAGCCAUGGGUAACCAAUUCAGAAGUGUGGCCUUCAUCACCUGCUUGAAAACUUUUCUUUUUGUGUUUAAUUUUAUGUUUUGGUUAGCCGGCCUCCUUAUCUUGGUGAUCGGUCUUUGGGCGGAAUUCGACCUAUAUAAGUACAUGGAGUUGUCCCCAGAUUUUUCUGGAACAGCUCCACUUGUCGUCAUUGGAGUAUCUGGACUAAGUUUGAUCAUCAGCUCCAUUGCAUUUUCCUGCAUCGUCAAAGGCCAACCGGUUCUUCUGUACAUCUAUGGUGGAUUCAUGAUUUGCAUCUUUAUGAUGGAAGUUGGCAUGUGUUCUUCGAUUGUGUGCUUCAGGGACACCUUCGCACAAGGCUUAUACGACGGGCUUACUCAGACGAUCAAAAACUACGACUCCAAAAGGACAAAUCUUGAUAUCGCUCAAACUCGAAUGCAUUGCUGCGGCGUUACAAAUUACACGGACUGGAUGAAGAUGUCUCCCCAACGAGUGAUCCCGACCUCCUGUUGCAUUGAUACCACGCACUGCGUUACCGCUAAUUACAAUGAUGUUUACCAACGGGGCUGCUUCGAAGUGAUAGCCGAGUACGUGAAGACCAACAUGACAGUUAUAGUGGCCGUCGCUGUCCUAACGUCCAUCUUACCUUUGUUCGGUGCAGUCGUGGCCUGCUGCUUGGCAAACUAUAUUAGGAGCUCCCAAUACGACGUGAUUGCUUGA